GAAGAAAAUGGAUUCUAAGAGAAGUGUCAUUGCAUUCUCCUUCUUCAACAAAAUUGUUCGCCGGAGAAGAAGAUCUGUGCCGUCUUCUGAUCUCAUAUCCGUCAAAAAGGCAGCUGAAGCUGGGAAAUGCGCAUUCGGGGGAUCCCUGUGGACGCUUAUACCCUGAACAUUCUGAUUGAAGCCUUUUGUCUCUCAAAUCGGGUGAAUUGUGGGUUUUGUGUGCUUGGGAUGUUCUUCAAGUGUGGAAUUGAUUUCAAUGUGGUGACAUUCAGCUCCCUGAUCAAAGGUCUUUGUCGGGAAAAUAAGAUCGUUGAGGCCAUAGAGCUAUUCAAGAAGUUGGUUGGGGAGAAAGUCUGCCAAGUUGAUAAUUUCACUUAUGCUACACUUAUGAAGGGGCUUUGCAAGGCAGGUUAUACUCAAACUGCUCUUGAUUUACUCAUACUUAUGCAAAUGGAGGGGCCUCAGCCUAAUAACAUAGCAUAUAACAUUGUGAUUGAUUCUUUGUGCAAAGACGGAAUGGUAGAUAGGGCUCUUGGCCUUCUCCAUCAGAUGAUAGAAAGAGGGGUUUCCCCGGACAUCAUCACAUACAAUUCAUUGGUUCAAGGCCUUUGCAAUUUUUGCCGAUGGAAAGAGGUUACGAAGUUAAUGAACCAGAUGGUGCAUCAUAAUGUAUAUCCGGAUGUCUUUACCUUCAAUAUAAUGGUGAAUGCAUUUUGCAAGGAGGGGAAGUUGAGUGAAACAGAAAGUGUUAUUCAGCUCAUGAUUCAGAGAAACACUUAUCCUAAUGUGAUCACAUACAACACUUUAAUUGACGGGUAUUGCUUGCAACGGCAGAUGGACAAUGCUCAGAGAGCUCUUGGUCAGAUGGUAGACAAAGGCAUUCAGCCCGAUCUUACGAGCUAUAACACAUUAAUUAACGGAUAUUGCAAAAGAAAAGCAAUCGAUGAGGCCAUGCAUCUUUUUCAUGAAAUGCCUCAAAAGGGGCUCCAUCCUGAUGUUGUUACUUACACCACAAUGUUGCAAGGGCUGUUUCUGGUGGGCCGAUGUGAUACUGCUUUAAAUCUUUUUCAGGAUAUGCAAUUGUCUGCACAUGCACCUAAUUUUCACACUUAUUGUGUUUUACUUACGGGCUUAUGCGUUAACGGACAUAUUGAAGAGGCAAUGUCACUCUACAGUAAGUUUCGUGGUAACGGGAACGGCUCUCACGUUUUUGGUAGCAUCAUUAUAGAUGGGCUGUGCAAGACGGGACAACUCAAUAUUGCACGCGGUGUAUUAAGUAACCUCAUCUUUAAGGGCCAGCACAUAAAUGUUUAUACAUACAAUGCAAUGAUAAAUGGGCUCUGUCAAGAGGGGAAAACUGAUGCAGCCCUAGACUUGUUCAGGAGAAUGGGCGAGACAGAUUGCUUACCGAAUACUGUCACUUAUACUAUUAUCUUGCAAGAAUUAGUGAGAGUUAAUAAAUAUCACGACGCAAAUUUACUUUUGGAUGAAAUGGUGGGUAAGGGUGUAUAUCCUAAUGGCCGCACAUUGUCCUUGAUGAAUGACUUACUUGCACAUAGACCUGGAGACAGCAGAGUACUGGAAUUGGUACAGAAGAUUGCAACAAAUGUUGUAAUUUAACUGCAAAAUCUAACCAAUGAGUUUUCCUUUAUAUUUUCACAAAUCUCUCAUGAAAGGAUUUCAAAAAAAUGCUCACAGAUGCUCUGCCUUUGGGUAUGGAAAGAGUGACAAUACAGGAGCCUUGGAUCUGCUUGGACAACAUCAAAAGUUCAGGCAGAAAGAAAGGAGCUUUUAAAUGGUCAAGGAAAGAACAGAAAGUAUGACUUUGCAGACAAAUGAUGUUUUGAAGCUUGUAGAUAUAUACUACGUAUGUAUUUUCCCUCUGAGAUUAUUUCCUCUAUUAAGUGUCAAGGCUGUUAACCAUUUGUUGCUGUCCUCAAAAUAAUAGCUUUGGCUUUGC